UCAGUGUCAGUGUUGCUGACUUGGCGACUUUCUCGCUAGAUUUAGCGACUUUUAGAGCUAGUGCUGCUGCUUUCAUUGGAAAAGAGUUGUCAACACUGGGCUGGGUUUUUCAAAUGGAUAAUUUUUCAACUCUAAUGUAAGGCUACUCUUGCUAGUUUUUUAAGAUUACCAACCCUAGCUUUAAUUUUAGGUGCCCAUAUUUUAUUUUUCCACUUCCACCUUGUUUUAUGUAUUUAAUUUGUUUAAUUGACUGUUUUUCUUAUUGAGUAUGAUAUUUGAUUCAUUCUCCUCUCUUCCCUAACUUGCUGCCUGUGGUGAUGAUUCGUUUUAAUUUAGUUUUUCCUUUAUAAAGCACUUUAUAACAUUGUUUUAAAAGGUGCUAUAUAAAGUUUAUUAUGAUAAGGCGAUAGGCCCUUUUCACAGGAAAUAAAAAAUAUCACUUUAAUGCAGCUUAAAAAAAAAUAUUUUCUAUAAUCUAAAUUAUCUCGACUGCCACUUGAGGCAAUAAUAUGCAGCUUUAGUAGAAAACUACUUUUUCUACAUUAUUGAAUUGUUAUGUUCUUUAAUUUUUUAGUGUAUAAUAAUAACACAGUACACAAUUUAUAAAAUGGGAUCAAAUACUUAUCAAUAAAAGCAAUAUAAUAAAAAAAAGGAUUAAAAGAUAAAUCAAACCAAAAAAAAACAAAGGAUUUGUAAGCAACAAACUUUUAAAGACGCCAGCCCAUAAAAAUGUUUCUUUUUUUGCUCAAAGUCUUUUUAUUGGUAUUCUGUACAAAAUCCAAUAAAUAAUUGUAUAAACAAAUUAUAUAUAUAUAUAUAUAUUAUUUUUUUUAAAUGUGGUACAGACUCAGCUGACCGGACAACAUCAAGUGUUGUUUUGUCCACUCAGUUAAAUCUGAAUAAAUUAACCCCAAUAAAUCAUUUUUGGACCAUAACUAUUUGGAUGAUGUUUUAACACUGAGGUUUAAACAGUGUGGCGACCAUAUAAGACAUUUAAGCCUAUACAUAACCCUUUUGUGGAUCCAAUAGACCAUCCUAAACCUCCAACAUGCCACACAGAGAACAGCAUCAUGUUACUCUGGUAGUGGAGGUCAUGUGACCACAGCAGAGCAGAGGCAGUCUGGUGAGGACGCAGCUUUACGCACCAGAAGAGUUUCCUUCACUUGGCCUCAUAGUGCGCAGCAGAAGGACCAACAACUCUUCAUGGAGCUGCAGACCUUCAGCUCCAUCUGGAACUUCUCACAUGCGUCUGGCACACACAGAGGAGAAAUGGAGUAUGGACACAGAUGAGGAUUUAAAUCUAUUUUAAGAACAACUUCUUUUCUUAUUUCUGCUUAUUCGUGAUGGAGUCAGAGGAGAGUAAGAUCUCAGUGUGGGUGUGCCGAGAGGAGAAGCUCGUCUUCGGCUUGUCGAAGCGCACAGCCUGCUCUGAUGUUGUCAAGGUGCUUCUGGAGGACCAGGACGCACAGCAGCACCACGGACUCUCCACAGCUUCUUACUUCAUCGUGGAGAAAUGGAGAGGCUUCGAGAGGAUUUUACCCAACAAAACCAAGCUUUUACGCCUCUGGGUGGCGUGGGGAGACGAGCAGAGCAACGUGAGGUUCGUGUUGGUGAAAAGCGACGCGUCUUUAGCGGUGAACCACGGAGCCAGGAGCGCAGAGGCUCGGGUGGUCCUUAGCAACAAACACUGCGUCACCAAGGCGACCCCACUGUCUCCCGUUGCCAUGGGAGGCAUCCCACCUGAGAAACAGCGACGGGUCGUCCGGAAAGCCUUCAGAAAGUUGGAGAAGAUCAACAAAAAGAAGAAGAGAGCGCAUCAGCAGAGAGAUGCGUCCUCCUCCUCCUCCUCUGCUGCGGAGAAGAUGGAAACUUUGGUCCAUGUUGUGAUUUCUCAGGAUCAUACAAUCCGCCAGCAGCUCCAGAGGAUCACAGAGCUGGACGCAGACAUCGACAGCUGCGAGGUGAAGAUGCAUCAUGACAGGAUGAAAACACACGGGGUGAAUUAUGUGCAGGACACGUAUUUAGUGGAGACUGAACGAGAUGGAGACGAAGAAGUGUGUUCAGCUGAGACUCUUGUUAACUUUGAGGAGUACGUCCUGCGGUGUGAGGAGGUGGUGAGACUACAAGAGGAGCUGUGGGAGCAGGAGGCUCUUAUGGAGAUCUUCACGGUGCAGAUGCAGGAGGAGCUGAACCACCGCUGGAUGCAGAGGAGAAGGAGAGAGGAGCUCUCCAUCUCCAGCUCACCAUCCCUCCCAUGUGGCACAGAGGAGGCAGCGUCAGAGUCAGAAAACCAGCUGCGUUUGGAAGAAGAAGAAGAGAGGAUCAGGACACAGCUAGAUGCGAGUUUGUACAUCGGUCUGCGCCUCAACACGGAUUUAGAGGCUAUUAGGAGCGAUUUAGAGCUGAGCCAGGAGAUUUGCGCGGAGAGGGAGAAGGAGAUGAGGGAUUUGCUGGAGAAAGUGAACACUUUGGACAUACAGGAAGGGACAGAGAGAUGUGAUAAGAUGAUGGGGAUGAUGACGAGCACUUUGGAGAGGAAGAGUGAGUGGGUGGAGCAGGCCAGGGGUCUGUCCAAAGCUCACAGUGUGAACGACGACGACGACUCAGACACUGGCUUAAGUUCUCUGCACAGUCAGGACUCAGACAUCAGCCAGCCUGUGUGGGAGUCUCUGGUUUAGCAUUUGAUCAUCUUACUGUUCAUCAACUACAAAAGGAGGGAACUUCCACUGCCUCAGGGAUCAUAGUUACUCUGGCGUAAACAUGGACUUGUGUUUUUUUUAUAAAUAAUCUUUGUAUGGCAUCAUAAUCCUCACAUAUUCCUAUAUUUUUAUAACAUCCUUCUUAAACUGGUUUAAGAACAACUACAGUCCUUAUUUGUUGGGCUAUUAACUGUUAAUAUCAUCAAGAAAGUUGUUUUGACGUAAAAAUAAAUGCAGUUUUGGAA